AUGAAGUAUCUUCGUCUAGCCUCCGUGGCCGCUCUUUUCAGCGCUGCCACUGUAUCCGCUGGCCCAUUGGGCGCCCGCGAACAUGACGGAUACUGCCCGAAGGGCUACACCAUGAGCGUCUACUACAAGACCAUCACCGUGGAAUCCUACCCAUCUGCGACCUCCGUAGAGUCUACAGCUACCCCGUCGUCUACUCCGGCUAUUGUCGAGUCUCAACCCUCCGCUGAGCCCACAUUGGCCUCAUCCUCUCCUGCCAUUGCCGUGGAGUCUACGACUCCCGUCGCAGUUAUCCAAGUCGAGACCACAAGCUCUUCAGCUCCUGCUGCCGAGACCGAAAUCACCGAGACCGCAGCUCCUAAGACCAAUGCAGUCGUGGCUCCUCUGCCCACUGCAUCAGCCGAGACUGCCGCUGUCAUCGAAACCAUUCCUGCUCCAGCCGUGAAGACCCCCGUCGUGCAGGCCUCCACCACCGAAGCCCCCGUGGAAGUCGCCAGUACUUCCACCAAGUCUUCUACUUCCACCUCUUCCACCAAAUCCGCCUCCACCGGCUCCUCCAACGGAACCCCCGGAAAAGCCACCUUCUACGGUGGCAAUGUCGGCGGCGGAACAUGCUCGUUCUCCGGCUACACCCUCCCGAGCCACCUCUUCGGCGCAGCCCUCUCCCUCCAGCGAUGGGACGAUGCCGCGAACUGCGGCGCCUGUGUAUCCGUCACCGGACCGAAGGGUAACUCCAUCAAAGCAAUGAUCGUCGACCAAUGCCCCGAAUGCGAAAGCAAUCACCUCGACCUCUUCCAAGACGCCUUCGCCGAGCUCUCCGAUAUCUCCGCCGGCAUCAUCCAAACCACCUGGUCGUACGUGUCCUGCGACCUGGACGGACCACUAAAGCUCAAGAACAAGGAGGGCACAUCUGCGUACUGGUUCUCGAUGCAGGUUGUCAAUGCCAAUGAGGCAGUGACUGCGUUGGAGGUUAGCACUGACGGCGGUAGUUCGUGGCAGAGCACCACCCGCACUUACUAUAACUACUUCGAGAACACUUCCGGGUUCGGGACUAGUACUGUUGAUGUGCGGAUUACCGGUGCUAGUGGCAGCACUGUUGUUGUUAAGGAUGUUGGUGUUUCGUCUGGGAGUGAAGUCACUGCUGGGUCGAACUUGUAG